UUGGAGUUGGGAUCUCCGCUCUCUGUCGGUUUGUGUAAACGAGGCAAAGAAAUAGCCCGAGGAGAGAAGAGAGGAAACUGGAAUUGAUUCUCGACGCAGAGUGAACAGGCCAGUUCGUGACUGAAUCUCUACGAGAACAGACGUGAUUUGAAAACAUAGCAACCAAAUAACCCAACUUUGAAAAACUAAAGCCCUCAAGAUGUUGAGCUUACAGCGAAGUGGUGGUCAUCACACAGUUUCUGCCCCUUGGUUCGCCAGGCCCGUUCCCACGCCCAGGGGUGUGAUGCCACGAUCAGUGUCACCCGGUUCUGAAGCCGACGGCUCGGGAUCCACUCCCAUGGCUGCCGAUGAUAGAUCUUUGUAUGAGGAGGAACUCUCGUUCAAAAAUAGAUAUCCUCAAGUUUAUAAGAAGAGACACGUCACUCACGAAAUUGAGCUCCCUGCCGAUCCCCGUUCUUGGAUGCGUGAAGACGUUCAGACUUGGAUCCAGUACAUGUCGGAUGUCCACGGUUUGCCCUCGAUCCAAUCCGAUCGAUUCCUCAUGAACGGAAAAGCUCUUUGUCUCAUGACCAUGGAGAUGUUCUGUCAGCGCGUUCCUUUGGGAGGCAAGAUGCUCUACAAAGACUUCCAAUUGCGCUUGUCCAUGGCUAUGUACCAAUCCUCACGAUAAGGGAAAAUAUGUCCUCCACCAGCUCCAGGCUCAUCUUUUUCGCAAACAAACAAGGAUACUUCUCAUGCCCGUCGGCAGACGAAGGUUAUGAUCGGAAUCAAUUUUGAAGCAUUGGUUUUCUUCAAUGAUCCUGAUAUUGGAGUAUGGAUGGAAAAGCCCCGCUGACGACGAGCAGAAGAUGGAUAGGAUGCGGACAUCCUGCUCUUCGCUGUAAUCAAUUCACUGUGAUCCCUCUAAAUACGGCGGCAAAUGAAAACCAAACCGAUUGCCUCCACGACCUCCACUCCGUUUUCCCCUUUCGCAACCGCGCCAAAACCAGCCAACCACCAAAGAAAAUGUAGGCCGAUCUUUCCGUGCCUCGACAGAGACUGACAGAAGACGACAAAAACUGCGAUGGCGAUCUGGCAUUGUGACAAGAGCAUUUUAGAGGGAUACGACGACGACGACGACGACUCGCACUACACCUACACCUACUUCCUCCUCGUCUGGUUUUCCUGAGUGACUUCAUCUUGAUAUCUUGGCUUUGCACCUAUUAGUUCUGGAGCACUUUCCCCUCAACCUAUCUCGGUGCUUCUGUGCCCUGAAUUUUCUACAUUCAUCCAGAAAGUCUUCUCCGCCUCAUCUCUAAUGUGAUCCUGGCCCCAAGGUUGGACUUUGGGGUUGGGUAGCUUGAGUUUCGACUGGUCAACCAACAUUCUUCCGAUAAAUUCCCAUCUUCACAAUGAGAAACGGUUCGUUUGUACAAACCCCGAGAGCAUCAUCAUCAUCACCACCUCCAAUUUUCCGCUCGGCUUAGUCGCCAAACAUGUUAAGAAUCAGCAGGAGUAAACGCCAGUCAAUCAUGUACAUAGCCCAGCCUACCUACUGUGCACGCCCAUCAUUCACUCAAGAGUCUGUCUCAGGGAUGCUUGGAUGUGCGUAGAGAGAAAACUUCCUUUAGUGGACCAGAUCCACCUCCUAGUCAAUCCCAAUUGUUGUUAUGAAGUGAUAUCAUAUAUCCUCCCUCCUACUAUUUUUCUAUCGUACAUGCCUCAUAGUUGAGGCAUUCAUUGCUUACUAUUCCUUCCAUUCAGGCCCUAGUGCUAUCCAUGAGAUUGAAUGUCACUCAAUGCGAUAAGAAUCUGAAUAAUGAUGAAAGUACAUAUUAUUGCACGUCCAAGAAAUUUGCAAUAACAAUAAACAAAUGCCUUCAAUG